AUGGAAAAGGAGCUUGACACCAAAGAGUUCGAGUCGGAGGAGGAGAAAGCUCUGUUUAUCGGCGCCAUGUUCAGGGCCAUGGACGGAAAAGAGUGUAUUGUCGCAGCCGAUCCCGAUUGCUCGAGGGUCGUGGAGAAGAUGUUGCGGUCGGCGGACGAUUUCCGAGUACGGGUGUUCACGGACCGUUUGAAUGGACAGUUCAUCGAGCUGUUCAAGCACCAGUUCGCAUCGCAUGUAUGUCAAACACUCAUAUACGCAGCUGCUGAUGUUGUGGACCGCGAGAUCAAGGGAACAUUCGUCGUCGAGGCGCCUGAAGGCGACGAAGCUGCAUUGGAAACUCUACCGACGAUGACCACGCUCGUCGAACAGCUCUGCGAGCAAAUGAAAGGAGAAUGGAAGGACCUCAUGAUGGACGCGUACGCCUCCCACUUGGUCCGGGCCGUACUCUGCCUGUUGUCCGGCGAUCCGCUAGCACAAGGCGAAGCCGAACGCAGAAGUAAGAAAUCGAAAAAAUACAACUCCGAGCACAACAAUACUUGGAAACCCAAUCCCGCCAACGCGCCGAAAACGGGUCGCGCCGGCGUGUCCGUCAAACGCACAGUGCCUCCGCAAUUCAAAGAGGCCUUGAAGGAGAUCACGCGUGAGGUCGCCGAACAGAUGGAGAUCAUGGGCCUGCGGACCUACGCCACACAUAUUGUAGCCAACCCCGUGCUCCAGCUCCUCAUCUCCCUCUCCGACACAUCCGAAUCCCUUAUCAGCACCCUCCUCGCGGUCGAGGAUUCUGCAACCUGCCAACUGAGCACGCAGACAGACGAGGAGCGGCAAUUCAUGGUUGAUCUUAUCCGUCACCCGGUCGGGUCUCACCUCGUAGAGAAGCUCCUCGCCGCCGCGAGCGCACACCUGUUCCACCAGCUUUACGUCACCUACUUCCGCGGACAGCUUGAAGAACUCUGCUUGCACCCCGUCGCCAACUUUGUCGUGCAACAGCUGAUCUGCCAUACGCGCAACGGCACCCAAUUGGAGGUCUUGCUCGACGAGCUCAUCCCGUUCUUCCCAACGCUGUUCACACAUAGGCGACCUGGUGUCGUCGUCAAGGUGGCAGAAGCGUGCGUCAAGCACCAGACUGGGAAAUGUCAGAAAGAAGUCGUGAAGGCUGUCGCUAACGCUUUGAAGGCUACUGCUCCGGAACAGAGGAAGCAGUUGGUGAACUUGAUUCUGUGCUUGAAGCCGUAUGGCGCGUUGGGUGAAGCUGCGAAAGCGGAUACGAACGGAUCGUUGAUUCUGCAGAAUCUUCUCCUGUUUGACGAGGAUGCGAACAAGAUGGUUAUUGACAGCUUUAUGUCCCUCACACCCGAAGAAAGCCGCAACUGGGCUUUCUCCCCGACCUCAUCCCGGGUCCUCGAACAAUUCCUCCUCUCCUCCACCAUCAACCUUAAAGCCAAACGCAAACUCAUUCGCUCCUGGCUCGGCAAAUUCGCCACCCUCGCCGCCGACAAAUUUGGCUCGCACACCGUCGACAAGGCCUGGGCAGUUGCGGAUAUCGGUCUGAAGGAGAAGAUUGCCGAGGAUCUGUAUAACCAUACCAAGACUUUGCAGAACAGCCAUUUUGGGAAGUUUGUCCUGAGGAAUUGUAAGAUUGAGACGUAUGGGAAGCGGAGGGAGGAAUGGGUGGAGAGGCAG